CCAUCUUGUAGACAUGCAACAAUAGUAUGACUUGCGACUCUCAAAUACGCCUCUGCCCCAAAUACGCCUCUGCCCCAAAUACUUGACUCUCCCGUGGCAAUGUUGAGCCCAAUAGCAAAGUUUACAAAUGACCCAGUUGGCAUUGACAAGGCAUUGAAGUUCUUCCAAUUUUCCUUGCAAGCCAUUGAGUCGCUUUCUAUCGAGCCCACAGACACAAUCAGAUGGCGAGCUGCCAAGGGUAACAUCAAUACCGCGCGGCGGUUUCUACGCCUGUUCAAGUGGAUUGACUGCUUCACUGUCGCUCAAGCCCAAUUUCAAAUUGCGUCAACUGGACCAGCCUCGUCUUCUAUCGAGAAUGAGACCUCAUCAGACUCGGUCUCCAAACCCACAACGACCUCAAUCGACGCCACCAAAGCACUGCUUAAUGGGUUGAAGUACUCACUUCUCGGCAUGUAUUUGUUUAUGGAGAUGUUUGUGAUUACGGAUGCAAUCGCUCUGACAUCAACCACCUGGUCCGGGACUGUGCAGGUCGAAUCCUUGAAGAUCUGGGGUUAUUCAUUGCUUGUGUCCAUCAUCAUUUCACUCUACGAGCUCAUCAAUUCACAACCAGAGGCUCCCACCACUGCCCAGAGCUCAAGCGUCAAUGAGAAAGCCAGCGGAACCAGUAAGGAAGAUGCAAAUGUCGCACAGACUCAACGUGCACCUGCCACGAAGCAACAGGCGAUAUUCAAGCAACUGGCGGUCGAUCUCACCGAUUUUGUCGUUCCACUAUACGUUGCCCAUUGGUAUCCUAUUACUCCGUUGACGCUGGGAGUAGCGGGGAGCAUCAAUGGAUUGCUGGGCACGCACAGUGCGUGGUAUAGGCUGAAUGGGUGAUCUUGGGAAUUUAUCAACAAUGGAGGCAUCUGGGUAUAAGCAUGAUCUGGAUUGUAAAUAUGCCAUGAUGCCAUCCUUUUGUAUAGAUUGGUAGACUGGCAAUAUGCAGGCAUCAAUAUAUUACUUACCUU